GAGCGAUAUAUAAUCACCUGUGUUGUUAGUUGUUACCGAAGCAACGGGCAGUUCUCGAGGCCCCCGUCCCCACGCGGUCGCGUCGUAUCGCCACUGCCGCUCCAGGUGUCGAGUUUCUCUUCGAGCCGUCGAUGUCGCCGCCGUCAAUCCACUCCCACUGCGAUCGACCAUCUCCGGCCGCGCUCACCGAACGCACCUCCGAGUUCGCCACUACCGGAAAGCGGGAAUAAGCGCCGGCCUCCCUCUGCUUCAGUCGUCCGCCUCAGAGCAACGCCGCGCACCCAACCCCGACCACCGCUUCGUCACCAUGAGGUAUGCACUAGUACCUUGAGAUUGGAGAACGAUGCCGCCGCGUAGGCGCACCGAGUGAGAGUAAGCCGGGAUAGGAGGGCACGGCGGCGGCGGGAAGUCGGGCUAGUAGAGGGUGCGGGAGGUAAUACCCGGCUGGAAAGGGGGGAGGUGAGAGCCGGAGGAGGAGCAGAAGUCCACUCACGACGACAAGGCGGCCGUCGCCGGACAGGAAGGAGGCCCAGGGGGGGAGAGGGAGAAAGCGAGGCGGGUAGCAAACGGGGGUCUAAUCUGCAUUUGACCCCAGUGGGCCCACUGGCGGGCAGCUUUCUGCCGUUGGAUCGAAAAGGAACGGCCCGAAUUGAGAUAUGGCCCAGGCGAGACACGGUCCGCGACCUCCCUUCCAGCAGGCCGCCGUCGUAGCCUGCAACCUUCUCCCCGAAUCCUGAUGCCACCGAACCGCAAGAGGCGAGCACCAGCCAUGGAACCCGCGGCAGGAGGCGCCGGUCAGCUGCGCCAGAACAAAGCUUCGACGGCAAAGAAGGGCAAGAAGGGCGGCGGCGGCGGCGGUAGAUGGCCGGCGGUGAAGCCCAAGAAGGAUCUCCAGAUCAAUCGCCUCAAGGGCGCCCACCUCCUCACCGUUCCAGACUUCUUCACUUCCACGGAGGCGAAGGCUUUCAUCGACAUCGCUGAGUCUAUGGGCUUCACACACCAGGGCAGUUUGGGGCCACUGAAGGGGGAAGCUUAUAGAGACAAUGACCGGAUCUCUGUGACGGAUCCAUUGCUCGCUCAAAUUAUCUGGGAAUCAGGGAUAAACAGAAUAUUUACGGACAUCAAUGUCUCUGGCAAAGUAGCAACGGGUUUGAAUCCAAAUAUCAGGUUCUACAGGUAUAUACUGUACACUGAAGGUCAGCGUUUUGGUAGGCAUAUCGAUGAAAGUGUCGACCUUGGGGAUGGUUCUAGAACGUAUUAUACCCUGUUAAUAUACCUUUCUGGCAAAGGAAGUGCAAAGGAUUCAUCAGGACAAGCUCUUGUUGGAGGGGAGACUGUCUUUUAUGACCAACGAGGGGGAGUUGUUGCAGAGGUCGCUCCAUUGCAAGGAAUGGCUCUACUCCACCUACACGGCGCCAAAUGUAUGCUGCAUGAAGCCCGCGUUGUGAAAAAGAAUGCCAAUCUCCUUCAUCUCUUUGUGACUUCAUGAUACAGUUGAACAUAGAGCAAAAUGAGCAUCAAAAGAGGUGGAUCGACAUGAACAUAUAGUGGAGGAGGAAAACUUACGAACGUCAUGAGUACGAGCAAUAGUAAGAGGAACUACGGAUGGAGCAGCAAGAGAAAGAGCGCAUGAGGAAGACCGUGGAGAAGCGCACUAGCUCAAGCACGUGAAGCAGAGAGGAAAAGGAAGCGGGAGAGAGCCUGUCACGCAAAGGUGGGGGGCGAUAUCCUGAGGAAGCGUAAAUAUUCUAGAUGCACUCAGUAGUGAGCAUAUAUUUUAACAUGAGCUAUUUUUAUUCACUAAGACAUAUUAUGUUUAAUAUCAAUAUGCUAUUAGGUUAGUCUUUAGACAUACUGUAUAUGUCAAUAUUUGUUAUCGUCAUCUCUGUACAGUUAGGGUCUAUUCACGCUAUGAUAAAAAACUCUA